AUGGUGGUGUUGGACGCCGACGGCGAUGCUGGCGGGCACUGGCCGGCCGGAGCCGGCGCGGCGCCGGCGCCGGCGCCGGAGCCUUGGCAGGUGCCGGCGGGGUCCGCGGUUCCGCCGUUCCUGGCGAAGACGUUCGAGCUCGUGGAGGACCCGGCGACGGACGGCGUGAUCUCGUGGGGCGCGGCUCGGAACAGCUUCGUGGUGUGGGAUCCACACGCCUUCGCGGCGGGGCACCUUCCGCGCCGCUUCAAGCACGGCAACUUCCACACCUUCCUCCGGCAGCUCAACACCUACGGAUUCCGCAAGGUGAGCCCUGACAGGUGGGAGUUCGCGCACGCCGACUUCCUCGCGGGGCAGCGGCACCUCCUCGUGAACAUCAGGCGGCGCCGCGGGGGCGCCGCAGGAUCCACGGCGUCUCCGUCUUCGGCGGGGGCCGGCGACGGCGACCGUGAUAAUAGCGAGCUCGAGAGGCUGCGGUGGGACCGCAAGGCGCUGUCGCGGGAGCUGACGCGGCUGCGGCGCGAGCAGGAGGAGGCCCGCGCGCAGCUGCUGGACAUGCAGCGACGCGUGCGGGGCACGGAGCGGCGCACCGCCUUCCUGGCGCGCGCCAUCGGGAACCCGGCCUUCCUGGACGGCCUGCUGGCGCGCCGCGGCCGCGGCGGCGCGCACGUAGAGGCCGGCAGGAAGCGGCGGCUGCUCGACGCCGCCGCGGCCGCGCCGGACGCAGCGGACGCCCUCGCCUUCGAGAAGCUGGCGCUGGCAGCGGGCGCCGAGGUCGAGGCGGCUCCCGUCCCGGCAGUGGCAGCGGCGGCGCAGAUUUCCGACACCGCUAACGCCACGGACAUGAUAUGGUACGAGCUGCUCGGGAAGGAGCAGGUGGAGAUCGACGCCGAGGUGGAGGAGCUCGUUGCUGCCGCGGCUGCCACUGAGGCGGUGGAGCCGUGGGCGGAGCUGGACGAGAAAGUGGUUGAGGAGCUCGUCGCGGCCGCGGCUGCCACUGAGGCGGCGCCGGAGCCGUGGGCGGAGAUGGACGAGAAAGAGGUUGAGGAGCUUGUGCAGCAGAUAGACUGCAUUGGCUCGCCGAGUCCCUGA